AUGCCAGGUCGCCGGCGUGUACAGUCAGCUACUGCCAUGCCUGCUGCUGUCCAAUCCCCGCCAUUCCCAUCCCUGCUGUUCCCAUCCCCACUGUUCCCAUCCUUGCUGUUCCCAUCCCCACUGUUCCCAUCCCCACUGCUAUAUCAGGAUAAUGCUUCAAUCCACACUGACCCCAGUCGUGCUCAACCUAUGGCUGAUGAAGGGGAAAUCUUCAAUCUUGACAAUAUCUCUGAUGACAAUGAAGAGGAAGAGGAUCACCCACCUGCGCCUAGAGUUAUGGCUCCCACAGUCCCUAGCCCGCUUCAGACAGUCAUUAACAGCCCAUAUCCCACACAAACUGAUCUCUUGGCUACCAGUGGUCUCACAAGAAAGGCUAAAGGUGCUGAUGAUGUUCAUUUCUUUUACAGACUGCAUCCAACUACUGGGCGUAAUGUUUGCAUACUUUGUGAACGACUAUAUGAACUUGACACAACAUACAAGGUCACGUCGUAUAGCAGUACCACAAGCAAUACAGGUCCUCAUUUUCACGUAUAUAGCCAUCAUACCAUCCUUUACUUGGAGGAGGCAGGGCACCAUGAUUGGCCCAUACAGAUCAAGCCUCUAAAUGCUCUUCUUGAGCAAGGAUGGAUGGUCACGACGAUACGUGAAAGGCUCAGGGAUCCAUCUUGCACAAUGGAUUCACUCGGAGACGUCCCUAAUUGUGAUGACAUACUGCUUGGAACCAGGCAGUCAGGUUCUCUGAAGGAUGAGAUACCCAACUUCACUGUUGACGAGAUGCAUCAACAGCUUGCAAUCAAUGUCAUGGAAUGUCCCAAAUUUCGACAUUUGAUUCGUCUUCUGCGACCUGAGUUAAAUGAUAGCGACAUCUGCCAUUGCACAAAAUUUCGGGAGUUUAUCCUUGAGGCUUUUAACGAGUACUUUGAGGUCCUGAAAAGGGACCUUGCGAUGGCGCAGGGAAAGAUCUCAUUUAUGUCUGAUCUAUGGUUGGACUCUAACCUCCCCCAUUCAUGGCCAUCACCACCCACUGGAUUGCCAAAGAUGAGCAAAGUUCUGUGCUUAUUUUGA